CACAGAGGUACCACUAAGGUGUGGUACGGAACAUCUCAAGUGACUGUCCAUCGCGACGUCAAGACCGGCCUCCUUGCAUGCCCUUGUGGGGAGUUCAAGCACAAGAAUGCGGACAGAGUUCGCACGCACGCAAGGAACAUGCAUAAAGGCAAGGGUGUUACAUCCUCAAUCGCGCGAGGUUCCAGUCCAAGUCCAGCGACCGUACCAGACGACCGUACCUCUGAUCCUAAUGACCGGGAGAUGGAACAAGAGCUCAGUCCACGCUCUGCGUUCGCCGCAAAGCGCAAUCUCAAACUCCAAGAUUCACGAUAUCGUGGCGUAGACCCAAACAGGAACAAGAUGCAUGUCGGAGGUGGGGAGCACUCCGCGUCUGCGGCUUCCUCAGUGUCCACUUCGCACGCUGAUCCUUUUGGGACGCGUAUCGUGUCUUCCAAACGUCACGCAGAGGAUCUCAUACCUGGUCCCUCCAAGUUGCGCCGCGUGAAUGACAUGCCGUCGGUCUCCUCUCACAAGCCAGGCAAUGCAAGCUCUUCCAAGAUCGCCAGCAUCUCCUCUCCUGGUUCAUUCUUCGCUUCUACUUCUGCUUUACCAAAGCUGAAGGCGAUCGUAGCUGCAUCGGUCGCGUCCGUCUUUCGCUCGACGUCCGCCUCAACGAAACGCAAGGCCGAUGGUGAUCUUCCUGGGCCUUUGUCCUUCAAGGUCCAGCGUGUCAGCAGUGGUCGGUCCGUCUCAGACUCGAAAGCCAAGCUCGCGAAGUCCGUGUUCUCAAUCACUCCAAUACGUGACUCAUCCGUACGCAAGUCCGAGGAUGCGAAGAAGGAGCCGCAUGCUGCUGCUCCCAUCAUAAGCGAUCCGUCACCUGCGUCCACUUCCAGAGCUAGGCAGGCACCCGGCGUUUCUGCGGGGUUCCCGCCCAGGCCUCGCCCCCUCGUCAAGCCAGCUAACAUCAUGGCGCAAUUGGACGCUCAGAAGCAUGCCCGGCCGCGUCCCGUAGCAGGCGUGGAUGCAUCCUCCAUCUCAUCUGGAUAUUCCACCUCAACCCGUAGCUCCUCGGCGACUCCCGCUCCCGCCUCUCACACGGCUAGCGGGAUACAUCCUUCUGGGGCUCGUAUGGAGCCCCGAUGCAGCGAUUGUGGGGGGAUCAUCGACCCCUACGGCAAGAACGGCAUGUGCACUAUGUGCUAUCGCGAGUCGCUCCCUGCGGCACCUGCGCCCGACCCUGAACGCGCACCUCGCUGCGUGUCGUGCGGAGUGAAGAUGCUAGGGAAGAGGGACCAGUGCACGAUGUGCCAGCUCAAGGCCCUAUCGCGCAAGAUAGAGAAUACACAAGAGGCGUCGAGAGCACCCAAACCUCUGCCGCCUCGCCCUUCAAGCGUAACUAACCCCAUGGGCAAGCUGCCAGCCCCGGCACUCGACCCCGAUAUCCGCUCCACUUCAAAGCAGCGCAAGAAGCGUGUGUCGAAGCAGAUGCGCCAGCGCGAUUUCGAGCGUUGGUUCGCGAAAUGGAAGGCCGCGCACUUUGCGGGCAAGAAAGAUAGGAAGGUAGCGGACGACAAGACGGACUGGUGGCGCGUCGAGACGACCCGCAACCAAGGCGGAGUGUGCUACUCGACGCCCGACGCGUUCUUCGCCGCGCUACAGGACGCGCUCGUGCAGCAUAAGGUCCGGAUGGCCGGACCUGGAAGGGAGGCGGCGGGCGUGCUCGAGUUCUAUGGGAGCUACUCGAUCGUGGCGCAGCCGAAGAUCGCCGAAGUGGCGAGGAAGGACAAGCUCCGGCAGCAGAUGGAGGACUUGGGCUUCCGGCUGGACAACGCGCUGAUGGGGCAUUGCCUGUUCAAGUACAAGAACGAGCACGGAACGAUGGACCACGUAUACAAGUACCCAUGUACGUGCGGCGGGAUGCCGCCCAAGAGGGCGGAUGACGAAGUGCGGCAUGCGCAUCGCAUGCCGGACGAGAGGCAUGCUGGAAAGAGGUGCGGAGGGACUAUCAUGGUCAUUGUCGGCGAGGACAACGCCCUGCUUGCGUACGGGAUCCGAGGACAGCGCAUUGCGGUAGAUAUCGUGCAUUGA